AUGAUUACAGUGGAUAUUGCUUUUUCCAUAUUAUGCUAUAAGGAUCAGUCAUUACACUUCAAGGAUGCAUUCGAUGAUGAUCUCAGAGUGACUGAGAAUUUCAUGAGCAGAAUCACAUGUAAAGAAGACGAGCUUGUAUCUCAAGUUCUCAUUCGGUUAGGAAAGGAAUAUCCGUUUCUGAUUCUCAACUAUGCUACCGAUCCGGAUGGUGAAAGGGCAGAUGAAUUUGACACGCUAGAAAAGGUUUGGCAUAAUUAUCAAUCUUAUGAGGGAGUUGAUUGUGCCAUUUCAGAGCGGGACCAUGUAACUCUACAUGUCCAUGGAAUCUAUGAAAGUCUCCGAGAUGAAGACUUGACCCAGUUCCAUGCUUUGAUCAGAGAACGUCCGUUUUCAACCAAUAUUAUGCAUGAACUGAAGAGAUGGAACAUAACCGAUGAAUCAUACGAUAUAAGGUUCCCCAAUGGUGAAUACCACUCUCUCUCAGGUCAUUCAUACGAUGGCUUACAAGGAACAGAUCGAAUGGUGGACCAGUUAUUGACUUGCCAGGAGAAGUAUGUAAUCACCAAUGAUGCAACUGGCGAACAAGUAGAAUUGAGUUCUCAACAAUGCUUUGUUGUUAGUCCCUAUGAUAAGGAUGGUAUCUACAAACCCUAUUUUAUGGUUAGCAGAAGCGGUUUAAAACUACUUGAAAAACUAGGUCCUAUUGAAACCCUAAAAGUUAGGAUUGGACAUUUGGAAGAUCCUACAGUGGUGAAAAGCGAAGGAAACACUAGUGCAUCUAUUUUCCAGGCGUACUCGGAUAUUCUUGGGCUUUUCACAGAUAUUAGUAGACGUGAUGUGCCAUUGGAUGAUUCAGAUAGACGGUCUUUACACGUAAUUGAGACAGAAAUCAUUCCAUUGCUCGAUUCGCUGAGAGCAGAUGUGGAUGAACCUAGGGGAACCGUAUCCAACGCAGAGAAGAGUUUAGUAAGAAAGAUUUGGGACUUUAUACUGGGGUUUUUCUUAGUUUGGAUUUGGAAUGGAUUGAUCUUCAACCUUGCAACAGUCCAUUUCCUGUUUCUGCUCAAGGCUGCGUUUUGUAUAUUUGUUUGCUACAGACUAGAAAUCCCCAAAGGUGUCGGAUACGUAGGUGCCAUCAUCAUAUAUAUAUCUGAUACUAACGUCAUACAAACAUGGGAGAAAAUAGGUUUGAGAGGAGGCAUACCCCUUGUCUUGAAAUUCCACAGUCUACAUAAAAAGACAAAGGAGUUUUUAGAGCAGAAAUUCUACAAUACGUUAGAUAUACUCUCAUGGGCCCUUGUAUGCUACAAUCGACAGAUCUACAAUGAAUCGGGAGAAGUGAUUCUAGAUAAUCGCCGUUUACGUGAAAAUCAGGGUGCAAGUUUUAUUAUGCACAUAGUGGAGAUAAUACAGCAAAUUGUCCAAGACCUUAUUUUGCUUGUUUUGACUUUGUUCCCACCAUUUUCGGAUUCUGUGAAACGUGUACGUGUACGUGCCGCUGCUAUUGUAGAUUCUAAUGCCAAUGCCAAUCCGAAUGCCAAUGGCAAUGGUGAUGUUGAUAACAAUGGCAAUGGCAAUGGCAAUGGUGAUGCAGAUGUGCUGGCGCCAAUGGUUGACAACCAGUAA